UACGUCAUACCUAUAGACAUCUCUAAGACAGCUACCUUCCACGUUGCAUCUGUGAAGACGCUCGAGCUGGAACGACUUCGAAGUGUACGAUCCUUGGUACGAUAACAUAGCUUGUUGAGGGAAUCCUGUUCAAGAUGGCUGGGGUCAUGUACGAUCUGGUCAUCCUCUUCUGGAGGGUGGUCAUCAACAUCUUUUUCCGAGAGAUUCGAGAAGGUCCCGUCAUCUUUGUCGGUGCUCCGCAUCAUAAUCAGUUCUUGGAUCCUUUACUGCUGUCGUCGGAAGUACGAAGAGAAUGUCCUCGAAGAGUGGCUUUCCUGGCAGCGGCGGCCAGUAUCAAACGGCUGUUCGUUGGAGCUUUCAUCAGGAUGCUCGAUAGUAUUCCGGUAACUCGAGCUGCUGAUCUGGCCAAGAUGGGAGUCGGCAAGCUAUACAUCGAAGAGUCGGACCCGUUGAGGAUCAUCGGUGUUGGCACCCAGUUCAAGAAGCAAUGUGUCGUUAGGGGUCAGCUGGUACUACCCAAACAUGUGGGCUAUGCUCAAGGCGAAAUCGCCGAGAUUAUCAGCGAUACAGAGAUUCGGCUGUCUCGAGAAUUUAUCUCUGCCGGAAAGGGAGGCGCUUCCGAUGUGCGAGCUACCCAAAAGGUCAUCAGCGAAGGCGAGGCUGCGAAGGCUCAAGGAGAACCUGGACUGGCAUUCAAGGCCCUUCCCUAUGUCGAUCAACACGAGGUCUAUGGCCACGUAUACAAGCGUUUGGAGGAGAACGGUACCAUCGGAAUCUUCCCUGAAGGUGGUUCUCACGACCGGCCGGAUUUGUUGCCGUUGAAGGCUGGGGUUUCGGUUAUGGCGCUUGGAGCCAUGUCACAGAACAAGGACCUCAAAAUCAAGAUCGUACCCGUCGGACUUUCCUACUUUCAUCCCCACAAGUUUAGAUCGAGAGCCGUGGUCGAGUUCGGGACACCCAUCGAAGUCCCUCGGGAGUUGGUGGCCCUCUUCGACAAGGGCGGAGAACAAAAGCGGGAAGGUUGCGGUAAAUUAUUGGAGAUGAUUCACGACGGAUUGAAGGCCGUCACGAUCCGAACUCCGGAUCCCGAAACAUUGAUGGUCAUUCACGCAGGACGAAGAUUGUACAAGUCUCCGGGUCAACAAUGGACUCUUGGACAGGUCGUUGAAUUGACCAAGCGCUUCAUCGAGGCUUACCAAGUCUACCGAGACGAGCCUAGGGUGAUCAGGCUCACGGACAAGGUUCGACGAUACAACCGGAAAUUGCGUGAUCUAGGGCUCAAGGACCAUCAGGUCGAGCGCGCGACUACACAGAGGAAACUGAGGAACCUAUUGUUGCUUAUCUACCGAUCGAACUUGCUGCUGGCAUGGGCGAUUUUGGCCUUGCCUGGCGUUAUCACCCACGCUCCCAUCUUCAUUCCCGCCAAGAUGUACAGCAAAGUUAAAGCCAAAGAGGCUCUUGCGGCAUCCAGUGUCAAGAUCGCGGCGAGGGACGUCAUCGCGACCUGGAAGAUCCUCUUCUCGCUCGCUGCCACUCCAGCUCUCUACAUCGUGUAUGCCAUCCUGGCGACCUGGCUUGCCUGGCGAAACGGGGCAUCGUCCGCGGUCGUCAAGUCGAUGCCUGCCCUGAUUUUCAUCAUCAUGCCGUUUUUUGCGAUGAGUUCGCUCAAGUUUGGAGAGGCCGGUAUGGAUGUCUUCAAAUCAUUACGACCACUUUUCCUGUCCUUGUUGCCCGGAAGUCAGAAAGAGCUCGAAAAAUUGCGCAAAACCCGAGAAUCGCUCGCCAACGAGCUGUCCGAGGUGAUCAAUGACUUUGGACCGAAACUUUGGGUAAACUUCCACCAAUCCCGCCUUCGACCAGCCGCUUCGGUACCACAAACUGGCGAGAACCCGGGAAUGAUGUAUCGCAAGGGAGAUAGCGCCGACUCGUCCGUCUUGUCGCACCCCAUGUUGUGGCUCGACGAGCGGAUAUUCGGUAAGUCCGACGGUCGUCGGCCGGAAGAUGACAACCGGGCUAAUGUAUGAACGUUUCGAAAAGGCUGGAGUCGAUCCGCAGCGAAAGGACCCAAUGUCUGGAACGCCAAACCCAGAAGUGAACUCGGCAGCCCACCUCUGUCACCGACCGAAUCCGACACUGAAGA